CAGAAGACAGGGACAUUGGCUGGAGAGAGAGCUUGGUCAGUUAUCAGGACCGAAGAUGUCGGUGUUGUGGACUGUUGUCCUGCUCAACAGCCUGCUGAUCCCUUCACAAGGAUUUGUAAUCCCGUUCCCAGUUGCCAGACCAGAUAUGAAUGGUUUUAAAGGUUCACCAGCCAACGAUGUUCCCCAGAGAGCUCCAGGCGGUCUCCUUGGUGGCAAUCUGCUUGGAGGUCUCCUUGGAAAAAAUGGUCCUGUAGGAAGUCUCCUCGGCGAAAAUGGUCCUGUAGGCAGUCUCCUUGGCAAAAAUGGCCCUGUAGGAAGUCUCCUCGGCAAAAGUGGUCCUGUAGGCAGUCUCCUUGGCAAAAAUGGUCCCGUAGGCAGUCUCCUCGGCGAAAAUGGUCCUGUAGGCAGUCUCCUCGGCAAAAAUGGACCUGUUAGUGGUCUCCUUGGUGAAGAUGGUGUCCUUGGUGGCCUCCUUGGAGAAAAUGGUGCUGUUGGAGGUCUCCUUGGUGGAAAUGGUCUCCUAGGUGGUCUCCUUGGUGCAGAUGGUCUUCUUGGUGGAGAUGGUCUCCUAGGUGGUCUCCUUGGCGAAGAUGGUGUAGUUGGUGGUCUCCUUGACCAAGAUGGCAUCCUCGGUGGUCUCCUUGGCAAAGGUGGUGUCGUUGAUGGUCUCCUUGGCAAAGAUGGCCUUGUUGAUACUCUCCUUGACACCGUCCUUGAGCUUCUCAUUGGCAAAAACGGUCUCCUUGGCAAGAACGGCCUCGUUGGCAGCCUUCUUGGUAGAAAUGGUGAAGAACUCAUGGGACUGAGAAUUGUGAACAACACCCUCCCCAAAAUCAGUCUGCGCUCCCUGCCGGGCUUUGGGCACCAGGUGGACUUCAACACGCAGCUGCUGGUAGAGAGCAGCGUGCCGGGCCAGCCGCUCUGCCAGCAGGUGGAGGUGGACGCGACCAUGCUGGUCCAGGACACGUGGAUGGCUCACCAGAACGCUCUGAACUGCAAGACUGUUGACAUAAACACCCAUGUGAGACCCAGAGUGCCAGUUCUGGAAAAGCCUUUGAAACGCCUGCUCAGCAAUGCCCUGCAGGAUCUGGGCUGCAACAUCAUCAACGCCAAGCUCAAGGUGUUGAGCUCCCUGCUGGGCUCCAGGAACCAGGUGCUCCCACUCGGGGCUUUGGGGGACCUGCCCUCCUUCUCCAUCCUCAGCGGUGACGCCAUCCAGAUGGAUCUGAAUCUCCUCUCUGAGAAUGCCGGGGAUGGCAUGAUGACCCCCAGGCAGGGACUGCCACUCUCUGCCAGCCUGCAGCUGGCCACCGGCCGCCCGCCCCGGCUCAGCCUCUCCCAGGACACCCUCAGCGCCCUGCUGGAGCAGGUCCAGGGGCAGGGAGCCCUCAACCUCAGCAUCACCAGCUUGAUGGGUGGCAAUUCCCCUCUGCAAGGCCAGGUUCCCCAGAGCAGCUCGCUGACCGUGUCUGCCCUUUUCCCGUUCAUCCCCCAGCUCAGCCGGGCCCUCCCUGGCUCUCUGCCCCUGGAGCUGCGUGUCCGAGUCAGCAAGGAGCCAGUGGUGACUGUGAGGGAUGGAAGAGCCACUGUCACCCUCAAAGCCACUAUCGACGUCACCAGCCCUGCCCUGCAGACCCCCCAGGGGCUCCUGUUCUCCGUCGAUGUGGACAUCGUUCUGAGCAUCACCCCAUCAGUCUCUGAUGGCAAACUGCAAACCUCCCUGGCUCUUGACAGCAUCAACCUGACACGGUUCCCCUCAAGCCUUGAUGCUCCCAGCGCCUCCUCGCUGGCAGAAUGGAUCAAGAAGGUCCUCACAGCUGUAUAUGUACCUUCUGUUCAAGAUGCCUUCCGUGUGUCAGUCCCACUGCCCAACGUCCUCAACACCAACCUCAGGAACGCUGAAGUUGACAUCACUGAUGUGGAUGAGUUUUCUGGCCAGAGCACUCUGGGAGGAUCCUGCUCGGGAGGAACCUCGAUGCUGCUCCCUUUCUGAGGCAGCACGUGCCCCCCAAGCCCUGCUCUGCUUCACUCUCCCCUCUUCCUUUCUCUCCAGUGCUGCUCUGUGCCGUGGCUGUGGCCUGAGCAGGACAGGCAGCAGCCUCUGCCCAGCGUCAUGCGGGAAAGCUGCUUGGCUGGUGGAUGUUUGGGGGUUCCUGUGCCCACUUUUAACAUCCAUAGCCAGGAGGCAGAGCUCUUAGGCACAAAGGCUGCUCUCGCAUUGCUCUUUCAAU